AUGGACACGUACAAUCUCAAGACCGCAUCGACUUACAUUAACAAUUUACUGCUUGCCAGGGGGUUGUUACGCAAUGGCAAGCCGAUUGAAUUUGCGCAUCCGUCGAGGGGGGAGGGGGGGAAAGAGGCCACCAUGGCCCAGAUUAUCAACUUGGUGCACGACUUGAUAUUAAAGCGUGAUCGCGACCAAGAAUACCGCGAAUCCAUCGCCGACACGUUACGAAACUUACGCUCAGAAUCGACGCGCCAGACAGCAGCCCUCGAGAAGCAGCACAACCGCAAUGCAGACCUAUCGCGACAACUCUCCCUCGCCCAGGCGCAGGAGCAAUCGGCGCGCAAAGCCUUACACAUUGCCGAAUCGUCGGCGCGAAAGUUGCGCGCAGAGAUGCAGCGGCUUAAGACGACCGUCGACCAGAUACGCACCAGCUGCACAAACGACGUGCGAAAGCGCGACAAAGAAAUUGCAAGGCUUAAGAGUCACUUGACGAGCCAGCAGCGGGGCAAUAAGACGGGUCUGGUAGGCUCGAGCAUUACCAUCAACCCCGGCACUACAGGCUUGAGCGCUGCUAUGGGUCAUGUGCGCGAAGAGACACCCAACAUCGACGAUCCCGAAUACAAUCUGAAGCAGGAGACGACCGAGUUUCUGACGCAACUAAGUCAGAGCUUGAGCGACGAGAAUGACAACCUCAUCGGCCUCGUACGGAGCACUUUGUUGACACUAAGAGAACUACAAGGCAUGCCAGAAGUCAGUCGCAAACAAGACACAGAAGACGGUUCCCUCGUAGGCGACGAGGAAGACGACACGCAACAGGACAUGCUGCACGCACUGCCCACCGAUUACGAGACCUUAGCCGACGAUAUGGACACAGUGCUGGAUAACCUGAAGAAUCUCCUUACGAACCCGAACUUUGUGGCAGUGGAAGAAGUCGAGAUGCGUGAGGAGGAGAUACACAGGCUGAGGGCAGGCUGGGAGAAGAUGGAGGCUCGGUUACGAGAGUCUUUUAUACUCAUGGACUCCUGGCGAAAGCGCAUGACCAAUGGCGACACCAUCAACCUCGAAGAACUCAGAAUGGGAUUGGGGUUCGGUGAAGGUUUCGAGACGGUUGACAGGGAAGGAUUCUCUGUAAUUCAAGAAGAAAGUGAAGCCGACGAGGUCGAAAGUUCAGCCUUGGAAGAAGAUGUGGACGAUACAGAGGAGCAAGAAGAGGGUGAUCAACUUCCCUCGCCUGAAUCACACGAGAAGCCAGAAACAACCACUGGGCCCGGCAUGUUCAGAAUCAAGCUGCAACCCAGUCAGUCAGCGCUUAGAGAGAGCAACGGCAAUAAGUCGCCCAUUCGAUCGCCCCGCAAGGUCGCCUUUUCGGCUUCCAUUCCGAAUACACCGUCUCAACAUGAUGAGGAGAAUGCAGACGCGUCUGGGGUAGAUCUAGUUGGUGCUGAGAAAACUAGUCGCCCAACUUCUGCAGCCAAACCACCACGAUCUGAAGAACGAGCAUCCAGACCAACGAGUCAAGACAGACUACGCCAUACCAAAAAGCGCCUAUCGAGCCCACAUACGCACCCCGAAGAGCGAUCGCCGAAAUUAUCAGUCCAAGACAAACUACGAGAGGCCGCGAAAGCGGCCGCUGUAACCGAUGGAGACAUCUCCACCAAGAAGACGGACAAGAGCACCGAAGUGCCCGAGGAAAACCCUAAGAAGCGGGCACCUAGAUCUCCAGUUAAGACACGAGUCGGUGGGAGGCCGAAGAGGAGGAAGAGCACGUUGACGCCAGAAGAAUUGGCAAACCUCUUGGGCUGCUAG